GUAAUUUACUAAUUUUAGUUGGAACGAGUCGGCCAGGUGUUGAGCUCUGUGUUGGCGUUGUGUCGACUCAGAGUUGUAUUUGAACUCUAAAGACAGAGAGCCAGGCGAGACACCGCCGUGGAUUUUCUUCUUCUUCUUCUUUCGGGUUCGAUAAUUUCGUGUUGUUUUUGCUUUGAUUAUUUUUCUAUAAUAAAAAGCAGCAACAAGUUGUUCUGAGAAUUCCACCGGCGUGCGUGAAACUUGGAUUCUUCACACCUGUACUUGCCAUGAACGGCUGUUACUUUCUAUGUUUGUUGGAUAACAUCUCUGACUUCUAUAUUUUUUCAUCUCUCACUCUUCUAUAAUUACCAGCAAUGUCAGUUUAAGCCUCAAAAUAAUUUCUACUACUACGACGGCGUUCGGUGGGACUCUCCUCUUCGAUCACUCCCGGACAGACGCAGUAUAAGGUAGAUGGAAGACACUGAAAUGCGGGAGCAAAAUUUGGGGAAUAGUUCAGAUGCCAACCUUGUUGAUGCUAAUGUUAAACGAAGAGACUCUGUUGAAAAUGGCCUUGCCCCAUCUUCAGAGACCACUGAGGAUAAGACUGUGACUUUGCCUUCUGAUCAGCAAAUGUUGAUUGAUGAGCCUGAUGGUAAAGUUGCAAUUACUGCUGAUUCAAAUGGUAAUGCAGAUGAUGCUACUCAUGAGCUGCCCGAGAGAAAAAGCGAAGGUGAUUAUAACCAUGUUGAAAAUGACCUAAAAACUGAGGCUUCUCGUUCUCAUCCACAAGGAGAAUUAUCAACUUCUGAAUCUCAAGAUGGAAAUGUGAGGAAAUCCAAGAAUUGGUUGAAUGAAACUGAGAUGGGAGGGGCUGAUGGUUCGCUGGAGGAGCAAGCAGAAUUCAUAAAGGAGGUGGAAAGUUUCUAUAGGGAGAACGCCCUGGAAUUCAAAGCCCCAAAGUUUUAUGGAGAACUACUAAACUGCCUUAAGUUAUGGAGGGCCGUUAUUAGAUUGGGUGGUUAUGAAGUGGUGACUGCAUCCAAAUUGUGGCGACAAGUUGGAGAAUCCUUUCACCCGCCAAAGACCUGCACGACUGUGUCUUGGACAUUUCGAAUUUUCUAUGAGAAGGCACUAUUGGAAUAUGAGAAGCAUAAGAGAUUAAUUGGUGAGCUUCAACUCCCCGCUUCUUCUUUCUCACAACCAGCAAGUGCUGAAAAGGAGGUAAGUGACUAUCAGACUCCGGGGUCGGGUAGAGCACGACGGGAUGCUGCAGCUCGUGCUAUGCAGGGUUGGCAUGCUCAGCGUCUUGUUGGAUAUGAUGAAGUUGCUGAGCCAAUCAUUAAGGAGAGAAGCUUAAAUUCUACAGCAAAGCGUGAAAAACAUCUCAAGAAUAUUGGCUCCCCUAAAAACAGGACUCCAACAAACUUGGAUCAGGCUGACAAACAUGCACAUGCAGAAGCAGAUAAGCAACUGGUCACAGAUAUUGUUGAUAUCGGAACCCUGGCUGAUUGGGUGAAGAUCAAUGUCCGGGAGACGAGGGACUGCUAUGAGGUAUAUGCUCUGGUCCCUGGGCUUCUGCGGGAGGAGGUGCGAGUUCAGUCAGAUCCUGCUGGACGACUGGUUAUAACUGGUCAACCAGAGCAAGUGGACAAUCCUUGGGGUAUCACACCAUUUAAAAAGGUCGUGAGCUUACCCAGAAGAAUCAAUCCUCUGCAAACAUCUGCUGUUGUUAGUCUGCAUGGCCGACUCUUCAUACGAGUCCCUUUUGAGCUAGGUUCAGGUUGAACCUAUUUUUGUACUUUGUCAAGCUGUGCUCUCAUUCUUUCUUGUUGGGAGCUAUAAAUUUAGGGAGAGACCAUUGCCAAAAGGCCAGGAUUGGAACUAUGUGAACUAGUUGACUGAAUUCCUUAAUUUAUUUUUCAUGUGUAUCUGAUUUGUAUUGGAUGAGCCGUGAAUAAUGAAUAGCAGGAAGAUUUUUCAUGUGCA